AUGAAAGGCCUCGCUGAUCUUAUUGACUCGGACAUGGAGGACUCGACCAAUUUUAUUGAUGAGAACUCUAUUCUCUCCUCUGCCUCCGACGCGAGCGCAGCCUCCUCAGAAAAUGGGAACCCAAGCAAGCGCAACAAGAAACGGCGCUCGGUGAAUCUGCCCCCCAAAUCGCGGUCCAAAGUUCAAAAGACUUCGACCACGACUGCAAAACAACCCACGGCAAAACAAGCGGCUGCGAGACGCAAGGCCCUCGAAGAACAGAUUAACGAUCAUGAUGAUGAACUCGAAGACAAUGAGGCUGUGCCAGAAUUUGCUCCCCCGAAGCCGAAGAAAGCUGCUGGGGCACCCGCUAAACCCAGAGCAACCAAAAAGGCCGCCGCUCAAAAGAAGAUUGAGAAAGAAGAAGAUAUGGAAAUAGAGCAGACACCAGCAGUGGCACGCUCAAAUCAUGCUGGUGUUCAGACUCAGCCUGCAAUUGUCAAGGUCGCCCCAAAGCAGACGGCCUCAAAGUCCAAAGCUAAACAGGAAACACACGCCAUUGUCCCAGAAUCACAAGGCACAGCACAAAUAAUGGAGGAAGAGCAGAGCGAGUUGGCGGUAGUGGAACCAGUGGUGAAAGUCAAGAAUCCUGCGCGGGCAACCUCAAGAUCACGACAAGAACCGCCUUUUCGAAGACGGGCUGGGAGUGCAUCCGACACUGAAAGAGGUGACCCCAACCUUCGACGCAAAUUGGGAGAUAUAACACGCAAAUUUGAGAAUGUAGACCUCAAAUAUCGGACUCUGAAGGAGGUUGGGGUCAAUGAGGCCAAUGCCAAUAUGGAAAAGCUUCGAAAACAAUGUGAUGCAACGGUCAAAGCAUCCAAUGAGUUGAUAGCCUCACUCAAGAAAGAGUUGGCUGCCCAGGCUCCGCAAGCCCAGGAAGCACGAAAACUAAAAACCCAGAUGCAGAGUCAAGAAAACGAGGUCAACAGGCUUCGGGAAACAGCCACCGAACUCGCAAAAUCUCUCAGUGAUGCGCAAAAUGAGAUUAAGGCGCUUCAGGCCAAGGUCGCCGCCGCUCGAGCUGCUUCGACCGAGCAAGCGGUUGUCAAACAGCCACCUGUGAGCGCCAAAAAGGCGAUGAUUCAGCGACCCACGGCAACAGGAUCCGCAGAAGCGGCGCAUGCAGCACAGGUUGCACAGAUGAAAGAGGACCUGUACAGUGACUUGACAGGGCUAAUCAUCAGAGGUGUGAAGAAGACAGAAGAAGGGGAUACGUAUGACUGCAUCCAAACAGGAAGAAACGGAACAUUGCACUUCAAGCUAUACGUGGACCAGGAAGACGCCAGAACCACCAGCUUUGAGGAAACCGAGUUUCUGUACACGCCCCUCCUUGAUGCUAAACGAGAUCAUGAAAUGAUGGAAUUGAUGCCAAGUUAUUUGACCGAGGACAUUACCUUUGCCAGACAGAAUGCUGCCAAGUUCUAUGGCCGGGUAGUAGAUACUUUAACCAAGCGACGGGCAGAGGAUUGA